UAUUGCAUGAGAAAUCGCGGUCAACUUCUAUGCGAGUUUAUUAAUAUUUCGAGCGCGUCUCAAGAUUGAAAUAAUAAAAAAAUAAGAGAUACCAAACGACGGUGUCCCUGGGGUGUUCUUGUCCAAGAGAACCGCCGUGAUUGGUGAAUACAAAAUGGCUAUCGAGAAAAGGACGUUGUGAGCGAACGUUAAACCCAUAUCUGUUCCGUUAACGGAUAUAUCUUCGUUAAUCCCUGUGUUCGAUUUCGAACAUCUCGUACAACGAACCCGUCGUAGCGCCGGUUCGUCGACUAAAAGGCCUCCGUCCGUCGUUGAUCCGAGACGACCCGCGUUUCUAUUCGUUUGUUCAUUUCUUUUGACAGACGCGUGAAAAUUGUUGUUGCUACGCGGUCAAUUGGACGGAGCCACGCUCGGCGUGAUCGUGUAUAAAAAUAAGUACCCGGCGAGAAAAUAGUACAAAACGAGGAUAGCUGGUGAUAAUCGGACAAUAUUUUUCGGCGAUAUCGAUAUCGGACGGGCGUCCGAGUCGUUGUUCUCAGAGGACGAAACCGUUACGAGCUGUCCGUUGUGUUGCGCAUUUGAACGAUACAGCAUAUAAGUACACAUUUGUCAUCGGCGUGCGGGAACCACUCCCGAUUGGUGUUACGGUGUUCCCGUGAUACUCGCUGUGAAUUGAACGAUUAAUAUAGACAUGGCUGUCAAUGUUUAUGCUACGAACGUGACGACGGAAAACCUGAGUCGGCAUGACAUGCUCGCUUGGGUUAACGACUGCCUCCAAUCGUCGUUUACAAAAAUUGAAGAACUGUGCACUGGAGCAGUUUACUGCCAAUUUAUGGACAUGCUGUUCCCAGGCAGCGUACCACUAAAGAGGGUCAAAUUCAAAACGAACCUCGAACAUGAAUAUAUACAGAAUUUCAAAAUUUUACAAGGUGGUUUCAAAAAAAUGAAUGUAGAUAAGGUAAUUCCAGUGGACAAAUUGGUAAAGGGACGGUUCCAAGAUAAUUUCGAAUUUCUACAAUGGUUCAAGAAGUUCUUUGACGCUAAUUACGACGGUCGCGAAUACGACGCUUACGAAGCUCGCGGGUGCAUACCGCUGGGCUCCGGCGUCGACGGAACCCAUAACUUGUCCAAUCCUCAGUUGGUACCUUUACCGCCUCAAUCGAAACAGACGCAAAUCCAGCAAAAGCAUAUGCAACAACGUAACAUUAUUGUUCCAAUUGAUAAGCUGGUGAAAGGCAGGUUCCAAGACAACUUUGAGUUUUUACAAUGGUUCAAGAAAUUUUUCGAUGCGAACUACUCCAGAACGGAGCCAUAUGAUGCACUUGCUAUGCGAGGAGGAGAGGCCAUGGGUAGUGGUGGCAGUAACGCACCGCAUGGCCAUGGCACUAACGCGAAACGCACCACACCACGUGAAGUAAUAUCUUCAAAACCGGCUGCCCGUAUUGUACCGAUUCCGAUCCAAUCUACGCUUCCUACACCUGCAGCUAAGUCUAUUAACAAAGCUCCGGCCCAUCGCCCACAACCGAAACCAACUGGAGUCGGAAAUCGAGGCGAUACUGAAAAGGUCGAAGAGCUCAGGGCACAGAUAGUGGAAUUAAAAAUGUCGCUCGAAGGCCUGGAGAAGGAAAGAGAUUUCUACUUCGGGAAGCUACGCGACAUCGAAGUCAUGUGCCAAGAUUGUGAUAACGGAGGUCCUCCGCCAAUAGUUCAGAAAAUCUUAGAAGUCCUUUACGCGACGGAGGAGGGAUUCGCGCCACCCGAAGAACUGGAAGGAGACGGUCUCGCGCCGGACGAUGAAGAAGAAUAUUAACUUUACUCGUUUUGUACAAUCAUUAUAAAAAGUAUGACAGCAAAUUGUCCAAGUGCGUUUUACUUUUAUUCUGUUUCUUGUGAGCCAGUAUCAGUACCCUUCGCAUAAUCGAUAAGAGAGCUACCCUUGUAUAGCUGUUUAAGCAUACCCGCGCCCGUUCGUUUCGUUAAAAAAGCAUGUUUCAUCGUGAGAGUUCAUCGAGAGAUUCGCACGUGUAAUUAGGGUAGGAAGUAAUGUUGAACGAUGCACUUGAAUAACUUGUAAUCUACGACGACUAAUUAUUAUUAAGAACGGAAGAAAUUAAGAAAGAAUAAGCAGAUUUAGCAGUUCUACGUAUUGUAAUAGUUCUUUAUCGUAAUUAAAAGUAACGGUAGAGCUUUGGACGUUACAAGUUUCAAAGUACGAUGACAGAGAAUCGAAAAAGGAAGCUGUUUUUUUUUUUUUUGUUGGACGUGCGACUGUGUCCAACUUUGUUAUACAGUAAUUUUACGUUAACUAUGUUCAAUAUCGUGUGAGUGUUCUUUUUUCUUCUGUUUGUAAAUGCACUGCUGUUUUUAACGAUAAAUAGAAAUGAAAUCUCUCCGAUUUGUUGUUUAAUACCUCGUUGUAGUUCACCGAGAAUCGUAGACUUGUAUUUAACGCAUAAUCUGUAACAGACCCGUCUCCGAGAACUGUUCAUAUCAUUUGUAAUCGUGCAUUUGUGAGUCGAACAAAGCGAAUACUAAUUGUUUUUACCUGAUGUUGUGUUAUGUCGAAGCUGGUCAUUGGAACGCAUUAAAUUGAUUUUCACAAUUUUUAUACACCUCCUUCAUUUUCUCGAGCAACAACGAACCACGUUUACUAUGCGUAACGAAUAAGCUAACAUAAAACACGAUGCGUGUCCACUUUUAUUUCCCUAUCGUAACUGAGUUCUGGAGAUGCGAAACGUUCGGAGAUUAUCGACCGGCGUCGAUUCGGAUUUAUUGGUUCAAGCACCUUCGCACCUCCACGAUCCGUCUUUCAGGACACGAAUGGCCUUAAAAUACCAGCGAUUAACGUUACAGAGGAAUUAUUCAAUACUCAUUAAAUGUAUCUCCGAGCAACACGAAUCGAUUGAGGAGCGCUACGCUUUUUCGAAAUAAAAUUACACGAACAAGCGAGAAAAUUGAUGCGUGACCAAGAGUGAGUGAGAGGCGACCGAGCGAGUGGGAAGUAGUGACAGCGCUACACACGUGUUUAAAAUCUUUUAGAAAUGAUCCAAUCAUCGAGGAAUAGAAAUUGGAACGCGUAACUUCGAGUUUUAGAUUCUAUCGAUUAACAGGUUCAUCAGGCGUAAACGUCACGUGUCGAUUAUUAUUAUUGUUAACGUCUGUUUUAUGUAAGGUGCAACGCUCGUGCAUUGUUUUUAGAAGACGAGAAGAGUUAACGACGCAUUUUAACUCGCGCUACGUUCACUGCUCUAUAUGUCUGCGUUAUGGCGAUCCAUCGCGCGAAUGUGCUUUGAAAUUUCAAAUUUUAAUGGUGAGGCAAUAAACGUCUAUCAGGAUUCAA